GCAUCAUCGUCUCCAGUCUGCGGUGGAUGGACUUCUAUCUGGACUUUGGGGUGCUCGGCCGCGUCCGGCGGUAUGAUAUCCCCGAGACUAAGGUUAAAGGCGUGUGCUGGGUGUUGCCGGCGAGGGAUUUGGGUGGGGAUGUCGCGGCGCAGCCGUAUGAGUUGAGGUUCGUGUUGGAGCGGGCGGCGAUGGAACGGCUGCGGGCGGAUGCGCUGUGGCGGUGGUUGCUGGUGGAGGAUGAAUAGCGUGCGUUGGAUUGAGGUGAUUGAGAAAUGUAGAACUAGGGCAAAGAGAAGAUCCAAGCCGC